GGCGGCACCCCUCCCCCUCCCGGCAGGUCGGAGCAGGGACCCGGCGGCCCGGGACGCAGGGAGGGGGCCCCCGCGCCGAGACGGAAGGAGGAGCCGCGCCACCUUCGAGAGUCAUUGGAGGACACGGCUGCCCCAAGCUGAUAAAUAAGGGGCCGCUGCUGCCGCCAAGUUGGACGCCCCCGACCCGGUGCGAGGGCCAAGUCAACGCCGGCCCGGCGAGACGAAGCUCGGCAACCCCCGUGCGGCCAUGGCCUCGUUGCUGGGAGCUUACCCGUGGCCUGAAGGGCUCGAGUGCCAGGCCCUGGAAGCCGAACUGUCGGACGGGCUGUCCCCGCCGGCCGCCCCGCGCCCCCCGGGGGACAAGGGCUCGGAGAGCCGUAUCCGGAGGCCCAUGAACGCCUUCAUGGUGUGGGCCAAGGACGAGAGGAAACGACUGGCGGUGCAGAACCCAGACCUGCACAACGCCGAGCUCAGCAAGAUGCUGGGAAAGUCGUGGAAGGCCCUGACGCUGUCCCAGAAGAGGCCCUACGUGGACGAGGCCGAGCGGCUGCGCGUGCAGCACAUGCAGGACUACCCCAACUACAAGUACCGGCCUCGCAGGAAGAAGCAGGUCAAACGCCUCUGCAAGCGCGUGGACCCCGGCUUCCUCCUGAGCUCCCUCUCCCGCGACCAGAACGCCCUGCCCGAGAAGAGGAGUGGGAGCCGGGCGGCUCUGGGGGAGAAGGAGGACAGGGGUGAGUACUCCCCGGGCACGGCCCUGCCCAGCCUCCGUGGCUGCUACCACGAGGGGCCAGCCGGCGGCACCGCGGGCAGUGUGGACACCUACCCUUACGGCCUGCCCACGCCCCCGGAAAUGUCCCCCCUGGACGUGCUGGAGCCGGAGCAGACCUUCUUCUCCUCCCCCUGCCAGGAGGAGCGUGCUCACUCCCACCGCAUCCCCCACCUGCCAGGGGCUGCUUACUCACCGGAGUACGCCCCCAGCCCCCUCCACUGCAGUCACCCCCUGGGCUCCCUGGCCCUCAGCCAGUCCCCGGGCGUCUCCAUGAUGCCCACCGUACCCAGCUGUCCCCCAUCUCCUGCCUAUUACUCCCCUGCCACCUACCACUCUCUCCACUCCAACCUCCAUGCCCACCUAGGCCAGCUCUCCCCUCCUCCCGAGCACCCCGGCUUUGAUGCUCUGGAUCAGCUGAGCCAGGUGGAACUCCUGGGGGACAUGGAUCGCAAUGAGUUCGACCAGUAUUUGAACACUCCUGGCCACCCAGACUCUGCUACAGGGGCCGUGGUCCUCAGUGGGCAUGUUCCCGUCUCCCAGGUGACACCACCAGGAGCCACAGAGACCAGCCUCAUAUCGGUCCUGGCGGAUGCCACAGCCACGUACUACAACAGCUACAGUGUGUCAUAGAGCUCCAAGGCUGCGAGUCCUGCCUUGCCAUGCCACCCUCUCCUUCCCAAGCACUGAGCAGAGCUGAGAGACUACGCAGUAUUACCAGCUUUCCUCCAACCGUCAGCAGGGUGUGGAGGGGACUGAGCUGCUGGCCCCAGGAUCCU